CGAGCGCCCCGGCGCCGUGACCCUCCUCCCGCCCCCUCGCCCGGCGCGCCCGGCUAUAAAGGAGGGUUUUAUUCUCGGGCUCCGGUCUCACGCCAAACCCUGUCACACCGUCUAGACGAGCUGUCGUGGGGCUCGGCCCAGCUGUCACCAUGGCGAUGGAGACGAGUCCGCUGUGAAUUUUGAGGGGGAGCGAGCGAGCGAGAGCGGCGGCGGCAGAGGAGGAGGAAGGCUCGGCCGCCGCCGUGCCCUGCCCUCCCCCGCGGGGGAGGCUCGGACCCCCCGGCGCUGCCGACCGCGGCUGGAGCCGGCCCGGCGGGGAGCCCCGGGAGCCAGCGGCCGCGGGCGCGGGGCGAGCCUCAGAUGCGGCUGUCACACAACCCCGGCCGGGCUAUUUAAAGUAACGGGCCCCGCCGGACACUGGUGUCUCUGCCUAUUUAUGAGCCCCCGGGAGCCGGCGGGCGCCGCCGGGCAGCGCUAGGAGCCGAGGCCACCGGGAGCAGCGCCGGGGCCCGCCCGGAGCAUGACGGCGAUCCGGGCGCUGCUGCUCUGCCUCUGCCUGGGGCUGCCGGCGGGCGGGCAGCCCUUCCUGCGCCUGCGACCCUCGCCCAGCGACAACCUGCCCGUCAAGGACAUCGUGGAGCACCCGGACCCCGAGUACGACCCCAAGGAGCAGGACCUGGACGAGAGGACGCUGAGAAAGAAGCUGGGCAGCCAUUUCGACCCCGGCUUCAUGGCCGUGGCCGUGCCGGGGCCGGCCAACGCCUCGGGCGCCGCGGCGGCGGCGGGGCGGGGGCGGGCGGCGCUGCCGGCCGAGCUGCGGCGGCUGGAGCUGGGGCCGCCCCGGGGCCCGCGCCUGCGGCUGGGCAAGAAGGCGCGGCGGAAGGUGCUGCAGUGGCUGUGGGCGCACACCCACUGCCCCGUCCUCUACGCCUGGAAGGACCUGGGGGUGCGCUUCUGGCCGCGCUACAUCAAGGAGGGCAACUGCCUGGCCGAGAAGUCCUGCUCGCUGCCCGAGGGCAUGUUCUGCAAGCCCGUCAAGUCGGUCACCAAGACCUUCCUGCGCUGGCACUGCCAGGGCUGGUCCAGUCAGAAGUACUGCACUUGGAUCCCCGUGCAGUACCCGCUCAUCUCCGAGUGCAAGUGCUCCUGCUAAGCCUCCCCGGCCCCUUGCACUGCCGCCCUCCUCCUCCGGAUCACUUUAGGGGAGGAAGGUUUUUCGGGUGGGUUUUUUGGGGGGGGUUGGGUAUUUUUGGGAUAGUUUUUUUAGGGUUUUUUUUGGUUUUUUUUCCCCCACCCCCCAGAGCGAAGUGGGAGAAGAUGAAUCGCUUUGGGGUUUUGGUUUGUUUUCUUCUUGUUUUUUGGUUUUGUUUUGGUUUAUUUUUUUGGUUAUUUUUUUGGGUUUU